AUGGGUAAUCAAAAAGAAAAAGAUGAAACUGAAGAAAUAAAAAAAAUCAAUGAAGAUCCAUUACCACCAUCACCUAUUUUACAAUCAAAUCUAAAUCCAAUUUCAAAUUCUACCACUACCACCACCACUACAACCACCACUACUACAACCUCAGCAUCAAGACUGCAAUGUUCAUCAAAUAGUGAUAUAGAGAUUGAAAUGAAAGAAUUGCAAAAAGAGAAUGACGAUGGAUCAAUAGAUAUUAUUACACCAAAUUUUUACCCAAUACCUGUAACUACAUCAUUGGCAAUACCCCCACCAACAUUGGAUUUAACAGCAAAUUAUAAACCGUGUCCAUUCGAUAAUGGUAGUGGAGUAUGCGAAUUACACAAAUUUGCAAACCAAAAUCCCAUUCAAUUAUAUUAUAUGGAUACUUUAACAGCUACUGACAAUCUUCCAUUAAAUCUUUCAAAACCAUCAGAUAUUAAAAUACAGUUACCUCCUCCUGCACCCCCUCCAAAUUCUUCAAUAACAGAUGAAACAUCACAAACCCAACAAGAACAAAAAAAAAAUGAAGAAGAAUUGGAACUACAAAGAACUAAAAAAAGGAAAAUUAAAACCAUUUUAAUAUCAUUUAUUCCAUUUUUAACAAUUGCUAUCAUUAUUGCACUAAUUUUGAUUUUUAAUAGAAAUUUAUUAUUUAAAUAA